GUUGGGGGUCAUCAAUUAUUGGCUUUAGAAGCUUGUUACAUGUAUGUUUCAUGUGAGUGCACCCGACCAGUUUGCAAAGGCAUUCGGCAAUUUAAACCAGCUACCUUAGAAAGCCCAGGGAGUUCGCCAAUGCAGGAUCAUGUUUACACCGAUACGGAAACCCGAAGAUGAAAUACGAGAAACUGCACCUGAGAAUCCUGCAGUGAGAGAGGAUACUAGCGUAGUAACGGACGCUGUGCCGAUCGAGCAUCCAAUUCCAAUAACGGAAAGUGUGCCAAAUGGUAAUGUAGCUGACGUCACACAUGCAGGCCCUCUGGAAUCUGGUGACGCAUUAAUUAUCGAAGAAAGUGACACAAAGGCUUGGAAAGCCACCGGACAUUAUCAAGAAUUAUUACGACAGCAGCUGGAAAAAACAGAGAGUAGCCUUGUGAAAGAUUUAAAUAUCGCAGCUGAAGACGAGACGGGCAAGAUGUCUGAUACUGGAGUUGGUUAUGAAAGGCGGGGAAGUGGUGAUUUGGCGGUGAAGAGUUUGGAUGAUGCGAGUGUUGCUGGCAGUGCUCAUGAUAGUUGGCAGGGAAGGAACGGUGGUGAUACGGCAAGCGACCAAGAAGUUGCUCAGUUGUUUGAAAGGAAUACUCUACGUAAGCAUGCUAGUCAGGAACGUUUAAAUGACUCAGAUUCACAAAGAUCAAGUAGUCACAGCAGGCUGAGUCCAGCCAGGCCUGCAUCAGGUGAGCGGCCAAGAAGCUAUGAACGACGAGGUAGUUAUGAAAGACCUGGAUCACGAGAACGACCUGGAUCACAUGAGAGACCAGCAUCACAUGAACGACCACCAUCACAUGAGCGACCACCAUCACAUGAGCGACCACCAUCAUAUGAGCGUCCUGCAUCACGCGAGCGUCCAGGAUCCAAUGGAAGGCCAGGAUCUCAUGAACGUUCAGGAUCAGGGUCAUAUGAACGACCAGGAUCACAAGAGCGCCGAGGGUCACAAGAGCGACCAGGAUCUCGUGAAAGACCUAGCUCGCAACCAGGACUUAAUGAUUAUGCUGGUAGUGACCAUGGAAGCAUUCCCGAGCGUCGUCGUUCCUUGGAUCGGCCAAGUAGUGUUCCCACAAAUAAAGAAUAUCCUGAUGGCGUUUCUAGAUCACAACCAGCUCCUGUACGGGAUGCUCUAGUUACGCAUAGAACGUCACCGAUGUCAGUUUCGUCCAGGAAGGCAUCAGCUGGAAAUGGACCAGUUAUCACAUCACGUGAUCAGAGAUUGACCAAUGGCACGUCAGAUACAAGCUAUAAACAGAAUGGCCAGGAUGGAGAGUUGCAAGACCAAAUUGCCAUGUUGAAAAUAUGCGUGGGAGAAAAAGAUCUUGAGAUUUCUCGGCUGAGACGCGAGGUUGUGGAAUAUGAGAAGACAAAUAGAACAUUAUUGGAGGAAAGAGAAAACGCUACAAGGGAAGUGUCAUCCACGGUUACGGCGAGACUAGAAGUGAGUAUUGAUUAA